UGUUUUUGGUUCGGGCCAUCUGGUCACACUGGCGCAAAAUAAUAAUAUUUCCUAAUCAAUAUACCUGAUAUCAACAACUGAUGCACAAAACACACCGUCUCACCGACAGCCAGUACAUGGAGGUCGAGGGCCUACUGCAGGCCAUGGACAUGCCCACCAGCCACGACCCGGAGGCGGAUCUCGAGCCGGAGUCGACGUCACUGUGCCGAUUGAGCCGCUACAACGUGACCAACCUGUACGAGGGGCCAGCGGGCGGAGGGGCCAGUGGGGCUCCGGCGAUCCGCCAGCGCUGCUAUACAAUGCCCCAUGUGCCACCGCCAGCGCCGCCCUCCACGCCAACGCUGCUGACGAGCGGCAGCAAUAGCAACAGCAAUAGCAACGGGAACUGCAGUUCCUCCGUGUCCGUCUCCAUCUCGCCCACCUGCUCCGCCAGCAGCCAUCCCCUGGAGAGCCCACUGAACCACUUCAUUUACGUGAAGAAUGGAAAGAACCUGCGUCGCGAAUCGCGCUGCGUCGACUCGGAGCUGUCCAAGCUCUUCAACGUGGUGUCGAUCACAAACCGGCUGACGGCGAUCAAAAACCGCAGCAAUUCCAUUUCCGGCACCGGCACCCAGCUGGCGGAGCGCGGUAUCCUCAAUGCGUCGCGCACCAUAUCGAAGCUAAAUGGGGCGACGGCCACCAAGAUCUUCAAGAUCCAUCGCGACCCCAAGGAGUUUCUGCGCGAAACGGACGAGGAUUCGGUGUCGGCGCCGGAGUAUGAUGAGGAGGAGGAGGACACGCGAUUCCGUUUCUUUCGACGGGCCCGCUACUCGCGACGGGGUCGGAAGUUUGCCCGAAAAUUCGCGCGAUUCGAACAUCACGAACGCAUGGAGACCAUUGUGGACAGCUUCGAGGCGGCUAUGAGCUUCAACGAUGCGGACACCUGAGAACCGGAGGCGACGGCGCCUGCGACAGCGACAGUUGAGGAUGAAGCAUGGCAGAUGGUCGGCCAACCAAUGUGAUGAAUGUGAAUUUCAACUAAAUUAUUUUAAUUGCUACAAACUACUAUUAUUACGAUUAUUAUUACCGAUUACCGAGCUGUUCUCUCCAUACAUUUAGUUUCCUUUUAACGCCGAUUGCCGUCGCCUCCGGGAUCCUUGACUCCAAAACGAUCGGAGGAUCGCGGACGCAGCGCAGGGCAAGCAUUUAGUUUAGAGCUUAGUUUUACGCCUACGCCUCCUGGGGCGGAGCAGGUGCAGCCGGCCACCGAAUGGUUGUUUGCUCCACAAAACAGAAUGAUUCCAAUAAAUGCACAAAACGUGUUGUAUUCGAGAAGAGAGAUUAA